CCGCCCUAAAUUGAAAACCCUAAGAUAAAAACCCUCCCAUUCUCCCUAAAACCCUAGAAACGCUCAAUCAACCAUGACGGUCUCAGGGACCGUCCUCUCCACAAAGCCAAUCUCUCUCUCCAAAGCGACCUCGACUUUGUCCUCCUUCGUCUCCAGCGACACCGGCGCGUCGCAAGAGUUCAGCGUGUACCUCCAACGCGCCUUGGCAUCGUUCAAGGAGCUGAAGCAGCUCCAUAAGGAGCUCAAAGCGCCGAGGUCCCAACGCAGGCGAUCGCGGCAUAGGUCGGAGGCUGAAAAUGACGACGCAGAGACCGUCGGAGAGAAUCCGACUCGGAGUGUUGUGGUGAGUCAGGAAGUGAGUCAUGGGCUCGAGUUAGAAACAAAGCCCAAGCCCAAAAGGCAGCGACAGGAGAGUAAUAGCAAUGGGAGGCUUGAGAAUGAAGAACCCAAUCGUCCGGUAGUGGAUGCUGUUGAGAGGAGGAAGGAGGACGAGAAGGAGAAGAAGGGUGAGUUUCUUAAUUUCAGGGAAGAUAGAGGUGCAAUUGCAGAGAGGGGAGGUGAGGGUGCUGAAAAGAGAGAGGCUUCUGAUCCAGUAGAGGUGCAUGACAAGAAGAAGAAAAAGAAGAGGGACAAUGUUAGUAAUUCUGAUGAAAAUGGGGAUCAUUUUGACAAGGGAUAUGGCGGGGGUAAAGUUGCAGAGGGGGUAGGGGAGGGCGUUGAAAGAAGAGAGGCAGCUGAUUCAGCAGAGAUGCAUAAUAAGAAAAAGAACAAAAAGAAGGGGGACACUGUUGGUAAUUCCGUGGCAGUAGAGAUGCAUGACAAGAAGAAGAAGAAAAAUAAGGAGGAUAAUGUUGGUAAUUCGGAUGAGAAUGCAGUGCAAAUUGAGAAGGGAGAUGGUGAGGCUAAGAUCAGAAACGAAGAGGUAAAGAAGGAAGAGGGAAAGAAGAGGAAGAGUGGGGUGUUAGAUGCUAUGGAGGAAAAUCUGGAUAAGAAAAAGAAGAGGAGGAAAAGUUGAGAAGAUAACCAAGUUUAAAUGGUUGUCAUUUUUGUUGGGUUUCAGUUUUCUGGAAUUUCGUCACAAUUUCAAUUCCAUAGAGGAUCCCUGCUGAGCAGGUUCAGGGAGGUUCAGGUUUUGAGGUUUCUAUGUAAUAUCAAUUAUUAAGAGGAUCUGUUGUUUGUUUCUGGUUAUAUUAUGGAUUGAAAUGAAAAUUUUGCCGCUGAUUAAUGUCAUCUCACUGUUAAUUUGUUAAUACAAGUAUUAUUUCAA